AUGGCCCAGCUCGAAGGGAAAAUCUUUCAGUACAACAAUAAAGAGUCUUUAGCAUUCAAAAAUGGCGUUGAAUCAGACAAUACUGUUGUCUUGAUAGGAGGACUAGGAGACAAUGUUCUUAGCUUACCAUACUGCACACUUUUGAAUGAAUUUUGCAAGAAUAACAGGCUGUCAUUGAUUAUACCGCAACUUAGAUCAAUGCCAAAGUACAAAACUACUUCUGUAGAUUUUGACGUUGAGGACAUAAGAGAUGUUGUUGCUGGGACCAAUGGGCAUGUCGCACUUAUAGGGCACUCAACAGGCUGUAAUGACAUAUUAUUGUUCUUGAAUGAAUAUAGACCUGAGAAUGUCAAGUGUGUAAUACUGCAAGGUCCUGUCAGUGAUACAGAAUCGAUAUCAAGAGGCAAAGUAGAUGCAGUCCUUGAAACAAUCGAAAAGUCUGAUGGUAGCCAAAAGUAUGUUGAGCUCAGUGAUAACUCAAUUUGGCUAAAAGAGCGCUAUAUUUCAUUAUACUCGAUAAACGGAAAAGAAGAUUUAUUUAGUAGCUAUUUAAGCGACGAAUUGUUUUCGAGAUGGAGAGGAACUGUUCCAAUUCUUAGUAUUUUGUCAGGCAAGGACGAAUACUGUGAAAAUCCUCCCAUUAGAAAAUUCGAACUAAUGGGUGAUGUGCAGGUAAUUGGAGAUGGGGACCACAGUCUUUCUUCCGAGAAAUGUCAGGCUGAGUUUAUAAACAUAGUUUAUCAGUUUUUAACUAAAGUUGGUUUUUAA